CAUAACACCGCGGCCCGCUCGGUUCGGUUCUCGAUCAUCGCGAUCGCCGUCGACACAGACUCGUAGUACCUCGAACGCCCCGGCAGGCAGGCAGAGUGUGUGUUGAGUCCCGGUUUUUUUUCACUUCCCCGUUCAUUCCCCCAUAACAAAAACUCACCCUUUGCCCCUUAACCGGUUUGCUCCGUGUCGGUGUGCGUGUAUUCCUAUGUUUUCAUCCCUCUCCCUGUCCGCCGGGUUAGUGCUUUCGUGCCCAAGCUUCCAAGCGUUGGAGUGCUAGAGAAAGAGAGGAAGCAAAAAAAAAACGUGUCGCUUUCGUCGCAACCUAACUCCGCAAAGUGUCCACCCGGGUGCCGGGGUUGUGUGCGUGUGUGUUUGUGUGUGUGUCCUGAAAGUCGGAAGAACGUGGUGUGGCCGCAAUUUGCGCGCGCGCCAGCCGAGGUGUGGUCCAGUUCCAGAUCUUCCUGCUUGUCCUGCUUCUUGCUGUGUGUGUGUGCGAGCGCCCAGAUGAACCUCCCUCCUGGAGUGCAGACGGUUCCUUGAGAAGAAGAAUGAAAAUACGACGCAAUCGUCGGCCGCCCGCAAACAGAAGAAGAUGCUCUCAGGGCAUUUCCCAACCUGCACCGUAGGAUUGCUGAUUUGGUUCGGAUGCUUUUCCACGCUUGUACACGCAAACAUCAUUCAUAAUGUGCUGGGUCUGCCGGACACCUGCGUCUACCAGAACCAGGUCCGCACCUGUCGGCUUUCCUUCUCCUGCUGGCUGGAGGGUGGACGGCACGUGUCCGGCUGUGGCGAAAACCGAUGGCUCAUGUCCUGCUGUGUGUACGACAAUGAGCAAUCGAGUGCCGUCCUUGCGCCGAAGGUAGCGUACGCCGGACCGAUGGUACCGAUGGUGCCAGUGCUGCAGCCCAUCGUACCGGUGAACCGACCCAACAUGCUUGUUCCACCCCAAAGCUUUACCAAGAAGAAAAGCUUCUUCCACCGUCGCUCCGACCAGCUGAUGCAGAACGAAUGUGGCAUUCCGCAAACGUCACAGAACACGCUGCAGAAGCGCAUCAUCGGCGGACGGACGGCCAACUUUGCCGAGUACCCGUGGCAGGCGCACAUCCGCAUAGCGGAGUACCAGUGCGGUGGAGUGCUGGUGUCGCGCCGGUUCGUCGCCACUGCGGCCCACUGCAUCCAGCAGGCCCGGCUGAAGGACAUCCUCAUCUAUCUGGGCGAGCUCGAUACGCAAAACUCGGGCAAAAUUGUUGAACCCCUGCCGGCGGAGAAGCAUCGGGUGGAAAUGAAAAUCGUCCAUCCGAAGUUUAUCUUCCGCAUGACGCAACCGGACCGGUACGAUUUGGCCCUGCUGAAGCUUACCCGGCCGGCCGGCUACAAGUCACACAUACUGCCCAUCUGUCUGCCGAUGCGACCACUGGAGCUGGUCGGCCGCAAGGGCAUCAUUGCCGGGUGGGGCAAAACCAACGCCAACAUGGGCCAGACGGGAACCAACAUCCUUCGAACGGCGGCCGUUCCUAUCAUUAGUACAAAAGAAUGCUUGCGAUGGCACAGCAGCAAAAACAUCAACGUGGAGCUGUUCAACGAGAUGUUCUGCGCCGGCCAUUCCGAUGGACAUCAGGAUGCUUGCUUGGGUGACUCGGGUGGGCCGCUCAUUAUCAACGAUCGCGGGCGGUACACGCUGAUCGGCAUUACCAGCGCUGGGUUCGGCUGUGGCGUUGACCAUCAGCCCGGCAUCUACCACAAUGUGCAGAAAACAAUCAAAUGGAUACAGAGCGUUAUCUAUGCGAUCGCUGCCGUUGCCGUGCUCGCGGUAGCAGCACAGAACCCGCCCGCCGAUGGAGGGACAGCCAGCGCCAACGCGCACUUCAACGAGGUGCUGGAUCGGGAAAAUUUGCGCACCCUCAUCAGCCGCCAGCUGCCGAAGCAGGGCCGAUUCUUCGAAGAGUUCGACGGAAGAUCCUGUAACGGCUUGUGGGCAACAAUAACGCGAAGCAAGCCAAUAAUGCACCUGCUAGAUAACGUGUGUCAGAGGAUGUCGAUACUGCGGCGAACCGGUGAACACCGGUUACGGUCCACGCUCGCAUGCCACAUGCUGUUGGUGGUGCUCAUCUUGCUGAUGGAAACGGUCGGUGGUCAAAGUGGUCCAUCGCCACAGCAAGAGCAGGAUAUAUUGAUACUGGAUGCGCUCGGGAAGCGACAAACGUUCAACAAUGAGGAUUACGGUCAAAACUCGAUCAUUGAGCUGCUGGGUAGAAUGAUUCCCCAAACAUGCCGACACAAGGGGCGCAAGUUCGAGUGCGGCCUGUCCCUGUCCUGCGUGCUCGGGGGCGGCAAACCGCUCGAUCUCUGCUCAGGUGGUAUGAUAUGGUCCUGCUGCAUCGAUCGCGACUUUGCACCGGAAAGUGAUCCCGAGCAUGGUGCCGUCCACAAUGCGAGUGACAUUAUAAACCUGUUCGGUUUCUAUCCACCCGCCUCGCCGUCAUCUUCCUCCUCCUCCUCGUCGUCGUCGUCCUCAUCAUCCUCAUCGUCAGUGUCGGGAUCGCCCUCGUCCCAUCAGAACCGUCCACAGACCACCCAGACGACGUCACUGUUUUCCGUGGGCGGCAGCGGUGGCGGCGGUAGCUUCAAUGCUCCCCCACUCUACCACGGCCACCAUCAGGUGAAUCCGCACCAGCAUCUGCCAUCGCCGCACCAGCACCACGCCACCGGUGCACCGCCUCCCGAGUGGGGCUUCGAUGGCAAUCAUCUCGGAAGCGGUUCGUCCCCGUUCUCGCCGGCAAAGCCACAACCACCACUGCACGGAGGACAUUCGGCAAGACCGCCAUCAUCACCACCAGCACCACCAUCGUCACAUUUUGGGCCGCUCGAUGAUAGCGAUCAUGACCGGCCGUAUAGUUUCGCUUCCCGGCCGACGGUACUGUACGGGGGGCCCAGCGGUUCCGGUGGACAGAUACGACCACCGUCGGCCGUGUUCGGCUACCCACCGCAGGAGGACGAUGGAUACGGCAUCGAGAACGGUUGUGGUGAGCUGUACACUCGCACGAACCGUAUCGUCGGUGGCCAUUCGAGUGGGUUCGGGACGCAUCCAUGGCAGGCGGCGCUCAUCAAAUCGGGCUUCCUGACGAAAAAGCUCAGCUGCGGUGGUGCACUGAUAUCGAACCGCUGGGUCGUUACAGCGGCUCACUGUGUCGCGACGACCCCAAACAGCAACCUAAAGGUUCGACUUGGCGAGUGGGACGUUCGGGAUCAGGAAGAGCGGUUAACACACGAAGAGUACUCGAUAGAACGGAAAGAAGUGCAUCCAAACUACUCUCCAAGUGACUUCCGUAACGAUAUUGCAUUGGUUAAACUCGAUCGGAAGGUUGUGUUUCGACAACAUAUACUGCCCGUCUGUCUACCUCCCAAGAGCGUUAAGCUGGUAGGCAAAAUGGCAACCGUUGCUGGUUGGGGCCGAACACGGCACGGUCAAAGCACGGUUCCCUCUGUGCUGCAGGAAGUGGACGUUGAGGUCAUACCGAACGAACGAUGCCAGCGAUGGUUCCGGGCGGCCGGGCGGCGCGAAACCAUACACGACGUUUUCCUGUGCGCCGGCUACAAAGAGGGAGGCCGAGACAGCUGCCAGGGUGACUCGGGGGGACCGCUAACGCUUUCGAUCGAGGGACGCAAAACGCUGAUCGGGCUAGUGUCCUGGGGGAUCGGGUGCGGUCGGGAACAUUUGCCCGGAGUGUACACCAACAUCCAGAAGUUCGUACCCUGGAUCGAGAAGGUGAUGGGCAAAGAGUACUAGAGGUCUAGAUUGGAACGCCCGUUUUGACUUCACCAUGGCAACUCGAUGGUAAUGUGGAUAAGGACACGCCCUAGCAUUCUGGGGAUCGGCAUGUAACGGUGCGAAGUUAGUGCUGUAAGCUGAUAUUAAUCGUAAGGAUGUAUGUAGGUCGGUAAGCAGUGGCGCAAUGCGAGUAGUAAUUUAUUGAUAAAUUAUUUCAACAUGAUUUUGUACAUGAUGCCACGCAUUGGGAGGUUAUGUCAAAGUUUUUCUCUUUCUAACAAAACGUUAUCGUAAGUCUCAAAAUAAAACCAAA